AUCUUAUGUCUUAACUUAUCUUAUCCAGGAAUAUUGGAUUGACAGUUGCAAGGUUUUCUAUUAUUAGACUUGAAUUUCAACCCCAAACCAUGUUCUAUAUGUAGAAUAAGUUUCGUAAUCUCAAAUAUCAAGCUAAUUGUAUUUGAAAGUAGUUGACUAUCAUUCUCAAAAUUUUCUGUAUAGGGCAUCUUAGCAGUGCAUUAAAACAUGUAUUUUGGCCUACAUGAUUUGCCAAAUAUCAGAAAGGGUAUUGCUUGAUGAGCUGAAAUCUGACAAAUUCCCCACAGGUGUAUGAGUACAAACUUUCUGCGUGAUAUUGUGCUGUAUAGCAGCUUAUACCACAAUCUAAUGAUUAGUGAUCAUGAAAGACAUUAAUACCGGUAAUUUUAUUGGAUUGCUUUUCCUCGUGGGAUUCUAGAAAUAUUCAAUUUUUUAGGGCCUAUAUUGCACUCAUCUAUGAUUCAUGCAAAUGAGUGAAAUAAACCUGUUGAAAAUAACUCGUGGAAUGUUUCGUGUAUCCCAUUCUUAGUCAUCCAAUAUGAUAUAAAUACAUGAGUAACUGAUACAUUUUUCAUUUACUUUCCUUUUACAUUAUUUGCUUUAUUUCAUUAGAUGCCAGUACCACCAACUGAAGAGGCCCAUUAUAUUUUGGAAGUAGGGCAGAUUGCAUUUGGCUCAGGUUUGGAUGAUAGUAAUGAAGCUGCCAAUGGACAGCAUGUGGAACCAGUGCGGACACUUCUCAGCAAUGGUUCAACCACAGGAGGGCGCUAUGUCAGGAUGAUAGCUGUCGAACAUGAUCGCCAUUCUGAUGGCAAUGAAUCGGUUGAGAGUCGGAAUGGGUCCUCUAGCUCAGAAGGAAUUCUACCUCCAGUGACGACGACGGUAGAGCUUCACGAUCAAGACUCUUUGCGGAACUUGGUGGAUGAUGCUUCACAGAACCACGUAGAAGAAUCCCCGCAAAACCUUGUAGAAGAUUCCCAGGAUCCUGGCCAUGCAACGUCUGUUUAGUUUACAAAAAUGAACAAAAUCUUAUUUAAAUAUUUGUUUAUAAAACAUUGUGAAAUUUUAAAACCAUGCUAAAACAGGGUGUUAUAUAUAUGUAAUGUCAAGUAACAGAACAACAGCUGUACACUCCACCCCCCCCCCCAUGGUUAUAAUGUUUUGUCAUUUUCUGAAAUAGUACUUAACCAUAUUUGUGCGUCUGUUUUCAUCUCUCUUGGCAUGUUGUAUGAAUUAUGUUGUAUUUCAAAUUUAUUGUGGUUUUUAUGGACAAUUGAAUUUCAUGAAUUCAUAUAAUUGGUCAGACAGGUCGUAUCAGUUCAUGUUUAGGUUUUAUAGUUUGUUGGUAUGGAAAUAGGAAUAAAUAUCAUGAAUAUCAUUUUGAUUAUAAAACAUCCUAUUUUGUAUAAAAAAAUUUUACUGAUGCUCUACUUAGAUUACUGGUGGUUAGUAUUAUUUUCAUUUCAAAUUGUCUGCACAUGAUAUUUCAUGUUGAUUUGACUAUGAAAUGAAUUCUUCAGUUUUACUCUGCCUAUAAAUGUUGCAAUUUUCCAUAUUGGUACAAAUGAAAUUAAAAGCUGUGGUAAUUAAUUUUCUAAACUUUCUCAUUCACCUUUGUACCAGAGAAGCUAAAAAUUACUUGAGUGCUUAAGACAAUAGUAUAAAAAAUUCUGUUAUCAAUUAUGUAAUAAGGAAAUUUAGAUUUGAAGAAAAUAUUAAAAUAAAGAUUGUCAUUAAUAUACUUUACUAAAUUUAUUUAGCAUGCAAAGAGGUAAGGAGAAAAUUAAAUUGGUUGAUAAUAUAGGAAAAAUUAUAGCAAUAUUACUCUUAAAGAGUAUUUACAUGACCACAUUUAUUGAAUCAUUAAUUUUUCUUGUUCAAUUUUUUUUUAUUUAAGGGGAGAUCCUUAGAUCCUUUUAAUACCUACUUGUAGAAAUGUUGAAUCUGUGAAAAAAGUACAUCAAUGAUUAAAAUUGUGGUUUGAUGAUAUGAUCUCUACUCAAUGGACCAUGUUCACCAUGCACUCAAUAUUGUUGAACUCUAUUGCACAGAUACAUACAUGUACAUUAUAUCUAAAAAUAAUUGUUAGAUUAAAUAUAGAAUAAAGAUAGCACAGAAAACAGAGUCAAAAACUUGAAAAAAUAGUUUCAUAUAGCGGAGAUUACUGGUCAAUGAAAAUCCAUUUGUAUGUUAUUUCUACAUGAGUUGAGAUGUUAACUUGACUUGAACUGAAGAGGGCGGUAUAUACCAAUAUGCAACAAGAUCUGUGAAAUAUAUGUGUAGACUGUUUUCUAUUGCACUACCACUACCUGGUGUGUAAGAUAUGGCACUUGUCAUUGAGUUAAGUGUGAUAACGUUAAUUAGUUAAUAAAAUUCAUGCAUGCUUGUGUUGUUAUAAUUUCAGCAGUUGUAUAAUCGGGAGGAAUUUUAAAAGGCUGAUUCAAGAAAAAUCUUUAAAAGCAACUGAAAAUUAUUGUUUGCCCAUAAUAAUAUUGUAUGGCCUGGACAGAUGAAUACAUGUAUCGCCCGAAUAAGAUCAUAUCACCUUUGGUAUAGCCAAAGGUGAAAAUGAAUUGACAAAUGAAUAAUAUUUCUGAAAUUAAUCGCUCAUUCAAGGCAAAUCCAUAAUUAUUUUUGUUGUCAGUUAUACCAGGAAUAUAAAAUACAAGACAUUUUUAGCAAUUUUAUGAUGAAUAAGGAAGCAUGCAAAGUAAUGUAAUGGUUGAAAUAAAGUUUACAUCAUAAUGAUAAUUUGCAAAUUCAUGUCGGUGGUGUAUCACCAUCAAAGUUGAUUGUUAACUUACAUACAAGGGUAUAUAUACACAAUGUAUUUUAAACAGAAAUGGGGAGUUAAGUAUAAUGAAUCGAUUUUCAAAUUGAUAUAGAUUAUAGAACAUUGAUAAUGAUAGUGAUGAUAAUAAUCACCAUAGUGAAAAAAAAAAGAUAAUAGAAAUAAUAAUAAUGAUGAUAAUAGUGAAAAUUUGUAUAUUGCCUUUUCUGUAAAAAUUGACACUCCUGGUGAAGUGCUUUUAAAAUUCAAUCAAUAGGAUUUGUAAAUGGACCUGCACAGAUGUUGUACAAUGAAAAAAAUGAUUGUCAGUUUAAAGAGGCUUCAUCAAAUUUUCUCAGGCCUAGGUAUUAUUUCAAUCUUGUAUUUGUAAUAACUAUUGUGGUUUAUAGACUAUAUUGUCCACAUUUAAUUUAUACUUUUCAUAAUAAUAUAAAGCAUUUAAGAGGCGCUGAUUAUCUAGUUUCCUAAUCAAUGGUGCACUAUAUAUUACUCGGGCUUUAGCUCCAGCUGCUAAAGGCACUUGGUGCAUUCAAGGAAUUAAUCCUGCCGGGUACCCAUUUACCUCUCUGGGUUGAGUGCAGCACAAUGUGAAUCAAUUUCUUGUUGAAGGAAAUUAUGCUAUGGCUGGGAUUUGAACCCACUACCCUCAGUUUCAAAGUCCAGAGACUAAUCCACUUGAGAACAAUGCUCCACUACUUUUAUCUGACUGUUUACAAGAUGGAUGUAAUUACUGUUAAUUAUUACACAGCACCUAGAAUAAUUGAAUGAAACCAGAAGGAUAAUGUUUGAUAUGUGACAUAAUUACAUUAACCAAAUUACCUCUUGUUGCCUGAGGUGUUGGUCAGGGGUGGUAUAUAUCUAAUGAGGGCAAUAUAUAAACGUAUCUCUGAAAAGGAAGUAUUUUUCUUAUACUCAGUUAUGAUUUAAGUAUUGACAUGUUUAGUUACAUUGUAUAAAUGAAAACAAAUGUUAUUACUUUUAAUAUGCAUUGAUGAAUUUGAUACAGAAAAACAUGUCGACUUUGUUUUGAGUUUAAUCCUCUAUCAUUUUGAAUGGAAUGUUAUGAAUUUAUAUUCUAUUGCAAAUGAGUUACAUAUAAGUCAUUUGACACACUAAGAAAUGACUUCCGUAAAAGAAGAGUUUCUUUCCCAAAUAUUAUCUUGCCAUUUCAUAAAAUCAUAGUUGCUGUCUCACUGUCAAAGUUUUUAAAUUGACUUUUGCAUUAUAAAAAGGUCAUUAUAGGUACACUUGCCAAAGUGGGGGAGACUUUCAAUAUUAAAUUAAUUUUUUUUUAGGGUGACUGGAGAUAUUAGAAAACAUGAUUGCUUGUAAGAGUACUAACUAUUUUUGUCUUAAGUUGAAGGAGGGAAGGGGAGGCUUUCAAAUGAAAAUGUUCAAAUAUUUUAGUAAAAUAGAGAUUUUAGUCAAUUUAAAAUGACAAUGUGCACUAACAAAAUAUAGUGACAUGUUUGUAUGUUGAUACAUGUAUGCCUUGUAUAUAAAUGAGCUUUUUAUAUGUAGCUGUGUGGUUAAAAAUUGAAUUAAUAUUUAAACAUUUUAAAUGUCAUUUAGACGAUCUCACCAAAGAUUUGCCAAUAUUCAGCAAAGAACAAGAAUGUAGUUUUAGAGUGUAUAUUUAUUUCUGAACACAUCUUUUAAAACAGAUGUUGUAUAAGAUAAGGAGAAGAAGCUAUCGCAAACCAAUUAUGAAGGAUUCUGAGACAUACAGUAUUAUCCUUUGCCAUAGGAUGGAACUGCUGAACUGGUUCUUUUAUUUAAGGAUUUGCAUGGCAUCUUUUGUCAUGUUGCAAUAGAUAAGAAGGCCUUCCCAUGAUGAUUUUGGUCUGAGUAACCUCAUUCAAAUCACUCAAGCAAUUUUAGUUCAGAUUUUCCCCAUUUCUCAGUAACAUUAUUUCAACAUAGCAUCCACAAACUUAUUGGAGCCCUUUGAUUGGCAGAAUGGCCUUUUGUUUUUUGCACAGUAAAACCAUAUCAGUUAAAGUGAAAUACCAAACCAAAGUGUUAAAUAGAUCUUAGAUCAAUACAUUGAAAGCAAUGUUUGUGCUAGGUGAUGGAAUUAUCAUAUAUAUUCUCUUGAAGUAUAAAAUAUUUAUGGUAGAGCAGUAUAUUUUGUCAUAAAAGUUUAUUGGUUGUGUGGCUCAUGUGAAGUGUAUCUUCAUGAAAAAAUGCUGCCAAUGUCUACUUUGCAUUUAGAUAACAUUGUUAUUGUAAGGAUCAAGAAGGAUGUUAACAUUGUUAAUAUUCUUAGAAGUUUUUUUUUUAUUGCAAGCAUUGAUCAGAGAUAUAUGGGGUAUUGCAUUAAAAUUGCAUUUUAAACAUUUGCCCCAAAUCAAGCAUAAUGGGGUAUUGCAAUCAAUGCAAAUCAACUACAAAUUUGCAUUCAGUCAAAAUAUUCAUUUGGAAAUGAACGCAAGUUUCUUGCAAUGCCCCAAUAGUGAUAGUGUUUGGGAUGUUUCACCAUUAGUUGGAAAUGUAAAGUAGUACUUAUAUCCUUCGCACACCCCACAUUGGUCUGUUCAAUGCACACUACUGUGCAUUCAUCACUGAGAUCAUUCACAAAUGGUCUUUGGUACUUAAGCAUGACUUAAGUCAAGCCUAAAUAUUUGUGGCACAGCCCUCUGUCUACUAGACAAGUAAUGUGAAUUUGCUCUUGGAAUCCAAAGUAUAUUUAAUACAUGCAUUGUGCAAUUUAUUGAUAAGAAUAUUCUUGUUUACUGGUUAGUAAUAUGUCAUCCUAAUAAUGAUUUUACAAUAAUAAUGACACCCAGAACAUGUCAUAUCAGAAUUUAGUUUUUCCAAUUGAUAUAUAUCUUCCCUGAGGUACCAUAUCCAGUAUUCAAUAUCAUACUUUGAUUGAGUGAAAAAUUACCCGAGUAUGUUUCUUAGCUAACAAAUAUAUAUUAGAUGUGUCAGUAUUAAAUUCACUUAUUGAACAUGUUUUACUUUGCCAGAAAGCAGAAUACAAUAAAAAGAAAAUGUUCCUUUGAAAUAAGUUCAUAUAAAGCUCAACAUUGUAAUUCUAUCCAGGUUACAACUGCAUACAAAAAUUUUCAACCUGCCAACCAAGACCCCCAAUUAUUUUAAUCAAGUCUGCUCUUUUGUGUCUUAAAAUUCAACAAGAUUACUGAGAUUACUUCAUGAAUUAAAUACUUAAAUAUUCUACGUAUUUAAUCCAAGUAAAAAUCUGAUCAUAUUCAUUUUUUCUGUUUUGAGUAUUGAACUGAAUACCAGCUCUGAUAUGAGAUGUCUUGUCAAAGGGCACUGGCACAUCAUGCGAUUUCAAGUUUGGUGUAGAUCUUGGUGUUUUUGUUUGUGUUAAAAGCACAAAUAAGAUUGCCUUCCCAAGCUCCAAUACAAUGAGAGGUUUACAAAAGUUAUUUGAAUCAUAGUAUUGGUAGACCAAUACCUCAUUAGAUAUCAACCAAGACUAGCUUCAUUUAAGUUUGGUGCUGUGCUGAUGUGAAAUUCAUUCCAACACCAAAACCAACUGGUCAAACUAUUCUGUUUCAGAAAUAAACUAAAUGUGGCUCUUUUUAGUCAUAUUUGAGAGUAACUUUUGAGAUAGAGAAACAUAAAAAUUUGCCAAUCUUUCAGAAAUUAAUAUUUUACAUAACUUGGUAAAAGUAAAGAAACUUGUUUGUAAUGGAUUCCUGUCCCUCAAUUUUCAAACCAAACUGUACUCUCAUCAUCAGGCUCCCUGCCUUUGCUUUAAAAAAAAGUAAAAACUUAUGGGGCUUUAUUUUAAUUUGAUUUAGUUGCCAACAGGCAAAAAGAAAAAAAAUAUCAGGGGUACUUUUCACAACUUACUGCCUAAAUCAUUGAAUAAGCUAUAUGAUUGCAAUAAACGGGGAUUUCAAGGGCUCCCUUUUUAGUUUCCAGUGCUCUUUUGAGCAUUUCGGGGGCUAAAUUGCCCCCAGCCCCCAUGUCAUUUUUCCCCUGGUUGAAAUUAUACUUUUGGAGGUAAAAAUGAACAUUAAGAUAAGUUAUUUUGAAAUUGGAUUAUUUUUUGUGAAAAUAUUGCACCUUAUUGUGCACAUGAAGCUUUUAAACUGUAUAUCAUGUGCUUGUAAACAUUCCCUUAAUUGUACAAAGAAGUUUGCCAAAUAUAAUAUUUUAUUGAAAAUGUUAGGGAGUGAUUUGCCUGUGUUGGAUAAUUGAGUAGGCUGACCUUUUUUUUAUCAUCCAACAGGUCUGAAUUCAACAAAUUUGCUCACUUCAUUCUGGAAUUUUUUUCCCCUACAAUUUGGUUAGGAAUGAGCAAUGUUACGUGGAAAGUCGGCUUUAAAAAUAUUGAACAUGUUUAUUGUAGAAUUUAUAUAAUUGAUGAAUGGAUAACAGACAUAUAUAUGUUCUCAUUGAACUAAUUUAUUCUAAAUAUUUGGAAAUUUGUUGAUACUUUUACAUCAAUCCUCUUGUACCCUGUAAUAAUUGAUGAAUUUAUAUCAUUUGUUAUAUUGAUAUUUUCCCAUCCAAUGCUGAAUAUGAUGUAUAUUAUGUAUUAGCAUCACCAUCAACACUGUAAUUUGUGUGCAACUACUUGGCCAUUAGUAAUAGCCAUGUAGAAGAUAUGUUAACAUGUAUAUAACCUCAGUAUCAAAUAUGUGUUCAAUGCCUGAGUUAGGAACUUUUGGUUAAAUUUUGAUGAUUUGAAAUAAUAGUUGAAGUCAAUUAUAUACAGUUAACACUGAGCACAAACACACAAGAGUUAUUAAAUGCAUUUAAGGACAUUG